UCAGAGAAAAACACAUGUGCCGGCAGAAGCAAAUACGAAACAUCUAGAAGUCAAACGAAUUUAGUUUGUUACAAUAGUAAAGAAUAUAACUAGCGCAAUGUCUGCCGAAGAGGGAAAGUUUGACACCAUUUUACUGGCUGUGGCAGAGAAGCAUCGCGGCGGCGUGCCCGAUUUCCUCCAUACAUUGGCCAGCUUCUUGCGUCGCAAGACCGACUUCUUCACAGGCGCCAAGCAGUCGGAAUGGGAGAAACUCCUUCUGGACACUUUCCGCAAGGAGUCGUCAGUCGCAAUCGAGGAACACACUCAAAAACUCAAGGCCCGCGAGGCUACCAAACGCAUCAAGGACGAGAAAGAGCGCGUGGAACGCGAGGCACGUCAAAAGGAAAUCGAUGAUAACAAAAUUUGUGAUAUUUCCGAUGAGGAAGCAGCGGCCAUUAUAAAAGAGGAGGAGGAUAAAAAACGCCAGCAGCUGCUUGACAAAGCCAGUGGGGACUCUGCCGGCGGUGCUGCCACCUUGAAUCUCGACGACAUAUCCAAGCCCAUAGAAAAAGUGAACGAUGAAUCAGAGAAGGCGGAGGUGGGCAAACUCCAGCCCAACGCCGGCAACGGCUGCACCCUGGAAAAGUACAUGUGGACACAGACCCUGCAGGAGGUUGAGCUCAAGAUCCCCUUCAACGUGACAUUCGCUCUGCGUGCCCGCGAUCUGGUGGUCAGCAUUGGCAAGAAGACCCUAAAGGUGGGCCUCAAGGGCCAGGAGCCGAUCAUCGAUGGAGAGCUCAGCGGCGAGGUGAAGCAGGAGGAGUCCCUGUGGGUGCUGCAGGACAGCAAAUCGGUGCUCAUCACCCUGGACAAAAUCAACAAGAUGAGCUGGUGGAACCGUCUGGUCACCACCGAUCCAGAGAUAUCCACGCGCAAGAUCAAUCCAGAGCCAUCGAAACUCUCCGACUUGGAUGGGGAGACGCGCAGCAUGGUCGAGAAGAUGAUGUUCGAUCAGCGCCAGAAGGAGAUGGGUCUGCCCACCAGCGAAGAUCGCAAGAAGCAGGAUAUCCUUGAAAAAUUCCGACUGCAGCAUCCCGAGAUGGACUUUUCCAAGUGCAAAUUCAAUUAGUUGUAAUAUUCGCAUGAUUCCCACUUUCAAUGUGUAAAUCUUUCACUUUCCACCACAUUUAUUGCUUCUACAUCUUCAAUCCACAACAUCUACUGCCUCCUUCCACAAACAUUCUACAUUCUUCUGCAACAAGAUCGAUUGCUUCUGCUCCUCUUUUCCUUCAUUCUUCAAACACACACCCACACACACAAAACUACACCACAACACAACCAUCAACAAACGCAGAGAAAUAAAUAAAUAUAAUGUGUAUAACAUAAAACAUUUAUACAACAAAAGAAAAAACCACAAAAAAAAAACCCACAACUUUAAAUAUUUCCAAUAUGUUAAUAACAAUUUGUUUAGUGAAAGCGAUACACGAAAUUGAUCAAAAGGGGCAGGCAAAGGAGCAAUCUGCAGUCAAAAGA